AUGCAAAAACGCCAAAACACCAUGGAAUUGGCUCCGAAGCGCAUCAAAAAAGCCAAACGUACCGUCCAAAGGGCUGAACCGGGGUCUUUAAAUGUGAUCAAUAACGAAGUGAAUUGCAAUGAAGACCAUAUCGACUUCCCAGUUGCGUUGGACUUGGACAAUAUUUUCGAUAUCGAUCCUAUGAAUUUGAGCAUCGAGCCAUUGGAUUCUCCUUCGACUCAAAACACUCCGACGAUCAACAAGCCCGGUCUCGUUGGCUUGCAGAUGGAUGUCAAUCAAAAUGAAAACGUCAUGAUUGACAACCAAACCGAUGUCAAUAACGAUCAUCCCCAGGUACGUCUGGACGAUGUGCCUGACCGAAUCCUUCCGGGCACUCCGAGUGUCAACCCGCCCGAUAUCCCUAGAUUGCAGAUGAAAGUCAAUGAAAACGAAGAGAUCCAGAUUGACAACAACCAAAUCGCCGCCAACAAUGAUGACCCCCAGGAACGUCACAAAUCUAUCGAUGGCAGCACCGCGCUUGUUUCUCAUGAAGAUCUGGCUUCUUCGCAGAAGGCAGGAUCGACUCAUGAUAUGUUCCAGUGUCAAUGCAAACCGUGCACUAUCCGUGUUUCGUUUUGGGAAUUUGGCCAUGCUUUGAUAGCACACAUAAACCCGAAAUCAACAGAGGACAAAAAGAAAAAGGGUCAAUGGGUAACCCCUGCCGCCGAGUUCUUCGAACGGUUUUAUGGGCAUCUCAUUCGAUUGAACGACACCAAAGGCUUCGUACGAUGGAAUCCUGCGACGCGCACAAACACCCACUUCGACAAAACAGCCUUCACCGCGUACGUUGGUCAAGUAUUAUUCGAUUGUUUUAAUACCACCGACAAGAAUCAAAGCGAAGGCGCAAAGCAUGAAAUUGGUAAAGGAGCCAAGAAGGUUGUCGACAUCAUAUUCGGACGAUUGCGAUGGAGGGAGGCUGAGGACGCCAAGCCUCCUGUGGACAACAGCCAUCUGAUCGCUUUCAGAAACGGCCUUGUUUACGACCGAAAAGUCGGUGAAUAUCGGGAGCGCACCGAUGAAGACGGCGAUAUUGAAGCGUUUGACUAUGAUCUUGUUGAGUGGGAUCCCGAGAAGUAUCCCAAACAGCGGUACUUGUGGGAUGCCUUUUGCAAAAUGUGGCCUGAUUCCUCCGAUCGUUUCUUCGGGCUCACCAAUCUCAGUACCAUCCUGGGAAGCAGACGCGGUCUUCGUGAACUGCUUAUACUUUACGGUCCAAGUUCCAAUGGCAAAAGUUUGGUUGGAAGAUUGAUGAAACUUAUGACAUGUUAUCGGUUUCUGGGAGCGACCGCCAGCAGCCUACAAAGCAAACCGGGGAACGGAAAUAAGCCGUCUGACAUUCACUGGAAAAUGGGGCAAAAAUCAACACUUAUCACUUGGUUUUCUGAAGGGGAUGAGAAGGAUUUGUAUUCCGGCUCGGCCGUCAAAAUGGCUGUCGGAGGAGAUUCUGCGUACGUUAGGAGGGCUUAUGGCAAGAAUGAAGAACUUACGAUAACGGGAUUGGUUGUUCUCGCUACAAAUCAUCUUCCAUAUUUCGAUUGUGGACUCUACGACAACGAUCACAGAGAUAUUACGGACAAGUUGGUUGUAAUACCUUGCAAAUCGAAGUUCGUCAGCGCUCAUGAACAUGAAGAUCCGAGUCAACAUGUAUAUUACAAGGACGGUGAACUCGACCGGCUCAUCAACAACGAAGACCGGGACUUAGCGAGUGCCAUGAUGGCACUCAUGGUUUCUUUGCAUCACGAUCAUCUUCAAACGGAAGAAUAUCCAUUACUGAGCAAGCCCGCGUCAGUGAUUUCAGCGACUGCAGAUUUAGUCACAAGAGUGCAUCCGUAUCGAACUUUUGUAAAAGAAAUGUGCGCUAUUGAAGAAGGCGCCAAAAUGCGACAAUGCAUGGCUAUGGCGUGCCUCCAAAAUUGGACAAAACAGCAUCCAGUAUGGCGCAAAUGCUCACCGCGGACCCAGGAUUUCAAGGCUUUCCUGCUUCACGCGUACCCUGCCGUCUCCUUUGGUACGAACCGACGAAUCGACGGGGUCCAAACAACCGGGUUUUACGGGAUCCGGUUGAAGGAAGAGGAGGGGGACAAACAUGGAGGACGUGAUAAGUUCCUACUGAGCGAUAUUGACAUCCUAUCAAAAGCCAUUGAAGAGUAG